CUCGGUGCUUUCACCGGGCGCGUCCAGCGCUGCUGGACGGCCGGAUAGCUGACGGACGGAGCAAGCAGGAAGCGUCCCGACGCCGCGGCUGACCCAGCCGGGUCACCGCCAGGCGGAACUUGAACUUGCCGCCCGUCGCUCCCUUUCCACCUUUGCCGGGGGGGUGCUGCGCGUCUGCUGCAAAGCCAGCCUGCUUCACAGCCAGCCGACACUCGGCCAGCAUGGCCCGCCUCUCCCGGUGCAUCUUCCUGGGCCCGCUCCUGAUCCUCCUGACCGCGGCGCCAGAACCGGCGGACGCUGCCUCCCGCUUCGAGCUCCGGCUUCGGCGCUUCGUCACCGACGGCACCGACGCCCGCGGCGAGUGCUGCGGGGGUCUGUGCCCCGGCGCGUGUCGCGUGUUCAUGCGCAGCUGCCUGGCCCGGCCGCGGGACUCGGCCUGCUCCAUGGGCCUGCUGGUGUCGCCCGUCGUGGCCAACAACAGCAUGCCGCCGGGCUUCGUGCUCGCGCAGAACUUCACCUUCCGCAUGGCGUGGCCGGGUCGCUUCAGGCUCACCAUCGAAGCAUGGCACACCCAGAACGGAACUGUGCCCCCGGAAGGCGCCUUUCGGCGGGACCACCGGACGCGGCGUCCCCUGGUGGACCGGUUCCGAAGCCUGGGCGCCUCCGAGUGGUUCCUCCAGCUGGCCAGCCGCGUCCUGGACAUUCCGGAACGUUGGAUCCAGCGACGCACCGACGACCAACACAACCCGGAGCUGGGUUCGCUGGUGCGGCGCUUCGCGCUGCACGAGUUCCUAGCCGUGGGCGUUGCCUGGCAGCACCGUAGCUUCCCGGGGCUCGAGGUCGACUACAGGGUCACGUGCGUCGAAGGUUACGCGGGCGCGAACUGCAGCGAGCGCUGCCCAGGGCCCAACGAGAAAGUUGCCCGGUUCCGCUGCCUCGAGGGCGGGGCCAAGCAGUGCAUGGACGGCUGGGCGGGCGCCGAGUGCGAGCGGCCCGUGUGUGCCGAGGGCUGCGACGCCGAGCACGGGUUCUGCGAGAAGCCCGGCGAGUGCCUGUGCCGCAUGGGUUGGGAAGGAAGCCGCUGCGACCGCUGCACGCCCAUGCCCGGAUGCGUGCACGGCGCGUGCAACGCGAGCUUCGAGUGCAACUGUCUGCCCGGCUGGGACGGCUUCUUCUGCAACCGCCCCAUGUGUGGUCAAGGAUGUCAUGCAACCCGGGGCUACUGCGAGAAGCCAGGACAGUGCAGCUGCCGGUUCGGUUGGCAGGGCCCCAAGUGCGACGAGUGCAAGCCCCUGCCGGGUUGCCUGCACGGACGCUGCACCAAGCCGCUCGAGUGCGUCUGCGAGCCAGGCUGGACGGGCAUCUUCUGCCACAUUCCGGUGUGCUCGCCCAAAUGCCAUCACGAGCACGGUUACUGCGCGCGGCCGAACGAGUGCCGAUGCCGGGUCGGUUGGAUGGGCGAGAACUGCAGCCAGUGCUGUCCGUACCCGGGUUGCCGCCACGGCUCGUGCAACAAGCCCUGGGAAUGCACCUGCGAGCCAGGCUGGGGCGGAAUGCUGUGUGACAAGCCUCUUCCAGCCGCGUGCGAGGCGACCGACCCGCCACCAUGCGCCGAGGGUAGCACGUGCAUCGACAUGCCAGACGGCGGCUUCAAGUGCGCCUGUCCAGAGGGCGCGCAGGCGUCAAAUUGCACUGCCGCCACCUCGGAUCGGCGUGUCACGAUGCUACGGUAGCGCCACCACAAGGCGGCGGUGAUGUUGUGAAGCGUGUGUGCCUUAUUAUUUAUUGUUUGGGGGGAAAUAGAUUGUAAAUACAGCGGCGUCGAUGUCUGACACUUGCUUUACUGAUCUGUCCGAUCAGUUAAGCAGCCAGUCAUAGACGCAAAAAUUCUCAGUCGACCAAUAUUUCAUCAGUCGCACGAACACACAGCCUGCUUGUUCCAUCUGCGAAGUUGCUUUUCGGCUGUCCGACCAACUUAUCAAACAAUCAAUCUAUCCACCUGUCAUCAGCCAAUCAACCAUUCAGUUACGUUUGUCAUUGAUACUGCGCAAAUCUCCGGCACUAUAGGUGGCAGAAAUACACUUCACUGCGUUUUUGCCGCUUUGUGUGCUCCAGCCACUCCUACAACAAACGCCCACCGUGAUCGUUAGUUCAUUAGACAGUCAUUCUAUAAACCAGUGUAUUAUCUUAGCCGAUCAAACGUCGAUGCACUCAUUUAGUGAGCGUGCCGAUAAUUUAACCGGAAGAUCAACGUGUGAACAUCGCUAAGCCGAUAAAGAUAACAUGCGCUUUAGGUUGUUAAUCUAACUAGGGGUCACUGCGUCGAUCUAUUGAUUAGUAACCCAUGCGAGAACGUCGUUCUCAGCCACAUUAUGUAAAUUCCUCAAUAGGUUAAGGGCUCAUUCACACCGGCGACUGACAGUGGUCGCGCGACCAAGUUGGUCGCAAAGCGACCAGUCGCAAAUGGUCGCAAACGGUCGCCUUUCUUGAAAAGCGACCAUUUUGGGCCAGUCGCUCUCUGCGCGAUUUUUCAGUCGCGCGACCGUGGUCGCAAAACUGAUAAACCAAUCAGCGGCGCACCGGAAGUGAUCUUUCGUGUGUCUACAUCCGGCCUCCUCCGGCGUCGCGUUCAAAUUCCGCGUAGAUUCCGAGAGUUCUCGCUGAGAACGAUAAUCUCCGGGAUUGCGACUUGCGGGUCGCGCUCAGCCGGGCUUGCCGGUGUGAACAUCAGUCGCCUUCGGUCGCUUUUUGAUUGCGAGUCGCAAGUGGUCGCGCGACCUCCUCAAGUCGCCGGUGUGAAUGUGCCCUAACUCUGCAUUCAUUCUACUAAACCUACCAUACGAUCAAACGACCUCGAUCUGCAUAUAAAUGUUCAAUCUGUCAAAAGAACGGUCUAAUCAAAAACAGUGCAUUACAAUACUGCGCUUUUUAAUAUGCAAUAUGAUGUGUCAUCGAUUACUGAAAUUGAGUUAAGACACUUAGAUACAGCCUUAUCGGUCUUAGGUGCACGUUAAAAGGAAUUGAAUAAUAAAGCAGUAUUUUCAAAAUAAAUCUUGAAUACCAUUAACUCCAGCAUGUUUCCAUAAGUGUUUUUUUCCUGGAAUGCUAAACUUAAGACCGAACUAAUUAGUGAACAUUAUAGCUCCGAAUCUUCAUUUCACCAUCGAAUCAUUUCGUGUCUCCAGGCAAAUGAGGCCGUGUAGCUGGCGCUUUCAUGCGGCAAACUGAGCUGUCAUCCUCGCAGCUCAGUUUUAGUAUUAAUAUCUUUCGCGAACGCGAUACUGUUUGUUGAGCCAUUUCCGUGACGUCACGCCGCCCUCGGACGCGUAACGUCUGACAUACGAAGAAGACAAUGCCACGUGGUAAAAAAAAAAGAUUCACCUGAGUUUUAUCUCGCCGCACUUUUUUGUAGCCUCAAGAGAGGAAAGAAAUAUUCGCGCCCAGUAAAACACUGCAUGGCGUCAGCUUACUGGCUGCGCUCGAACCAGCGCACACGUGCCAUCGCGCAACGCUCAUCUGCCAGCAGCGGGAAGCAGAGCGCUGCCGUACCUCCACCAACCCUUGCCGAUUGAGCUUCUAAAACUCUAUCGUUGUAUCAAAUUUAUUUAGCAAUAAAGAAGGCAACGUAAAAUAUCGUAGGAACCCUCGACGCGCCUUGCAGGUUAUGGGGGUGGCCUUGCGGAGUCUUCCUGUGCGCUACGGUACUAAGCUGUGUGCGACAACUUUGAAAAAUAAACAACGAUCGUUAAUCUCUUAUAGCACUCUUCUACGAUAAUUCUUCUAACAAGCAUCAUGAGAUUCGCAUGGAAAGGGCGAGCGACUCCAGUAACGCGUAAAACACGAUUCACGUUAGAUUAAGGAGGUAAUGGAAAAAAGACGCGUGCGGGAAAUGUGUCCUACUGCUUUGGUGAACAUGAUCACGACAUAGUAUAUCCGUGCCAGAACGCCUUCCUUUGCAGCAGCAAGCGCGCGCCUGCAUUCUUGGAUAUAAGCAGUGCGGCAUACUACACAAGCACAUCAUGUAGAGGGACGCUAAUUUCGCACCCACCACACAUUCACUGCGGCAUAUCAGCCGCGUGGUGCAACCAGGCCAGCUUACGUGAGAUACGCGUUAAAACGAAAUGGAAUAAAGAACGCGCAAUCCAUCCGUAAAAACGUUUCGUAAGCGCGAUGAGUGCCAAACAAGCAAACAUGCUGCGCGGGUGCUCGAACGGCCAAACGCUGUGUUGGCCUCGACACGCAGUUGAAGGAACGCAGUGGUCGAGGUUUUUUCUAUCUUGAUAUAUACAGUGGGCCGUCAUUCAUCAUGGGUGGCGAGCGAAUGUUUAGAAGCACGGCAUAACUUCAUUGACAUCUGUGUUCAAAUUUCCCAAGCUAUGUAGUACAGUGUGAUCCACAGCGCGGCGAUGUCGCCGAGCAAAUUCUACGCUGUGACCUGCUUAACAACAAUUGCUGCACCCUGAACUCGUGGAGGUAAUUUGCGCUGCCCAGUUUCGCUGUUCCUUAAAGGCACGAUGAAUAAAUCGAAUAUCGGAGGAGAGAUUCUCUAUCGCUGAAAACGAGGCGAGAUAUGCGGCUAAGCCACGAUUAAUUUCAUGGACCGAGUCCCCGUCUUGUCACAGAUUAUGGCUCAUUUGAGCGGCUAAACAAAAGGAAUUGAGUUCCAAAGCAAACAAAUACUCGUGGCGGAAUCUCAUCGUAGACCCUCUCCCAAAAAAUAAACAAACGAUAACGCUAAAAUAUAGCAAAAUUGGCAACUGACGGGACGCUAUUGGUGCUAUUUCGGCACCGAAUUAAAAAAAUAUACAAAGAGACAUUAAGCAUCGUAUUUUUUAAUAAUGCUGGAGCCUUUUACUCUGAAUGAGCAUAUGGAAAUUUACAACAAAAAGUUUAUUACCAUUGGACUGGUAUAACGUUUGUAUUUAGCGUUCGUUUAAUAUGCAGGUUGUCUCCAGGGUUUCUAACACCACUUCCUUAGCGCUGUUCAAUCAACUGUGAUGCCAUUGUGCACGCGCCUUAUAUUUCUUUCCGAAAUCGAGACCGAAAGCACUUUACUGGAAAUUGGGUUCAUAAAUCUGAACGGAAUUGUGAAAUUCUCGGCUGUCCUUAGCAAUUAACAGUGACAGUUAUAUCUAUAGGUUAUGCUCUAAGAAUAGAACAAUUAAUUAUGAAAUCUAACUCUUCUAUCCCGAUUUAUUGAUAAAUCAUUCUUAUUGCAAAGCUGUUACAAACGACAUUCACUUUAUUGACCUAAGCACAGUGAGCUUGUCGACUAAUCAUGACAGUAGAUGGAACAUCUCAAUCGGCUUUUACGCGAGCAAAAAGAAAUGGAAAGGAACCUCCGCAAUAUGUUUGUUAUAGUAAGGAUCCAAGUUGAUGGCAAAUGUACUUUAACAAAAAAAACGUGAAGCCGCUUAUUUAUGCGCCUCUGAAUUACAAAAUGACUGGCAUUAAAACAUGUGGCAAACAAAAGAAAACCUGUUUGUGACAUGCUUCUCAACUGCGCUGUUCAUGUCGACCGCCGCCAUGGCGAGCUACCCCUUCGAAUAGGUGGGUUAGCGUAACGAAGCUUGCAUCUCUGAGCUGUAUGUAUUUAUUAUUUAUUACAAUAAAGAAGCAGUUGCGAAUUUCU